CGUUGUGACACCGUUGGAGCAUUCAGUACUAGUCGCGCACAUCUUUUACAAACGUUAAACAGCUGCUGAAUUUAGAAUCAUGUCUUUAUAAUUACACCAGCCAGCCAUUUGCAAGAUUGACUGGACGCGAAAUCACGAACUAAAUGUUUUCUGAGCAAAAUAAUGGGUUUCUAGCCCCGUAACGAGAUUUCAACAAGAUUUAAUAGUGGUAAAGGUACAUAGCAAUAAUGGCGGCUACAAAAGACAGUGAAAAACCCAAAAGCCCAGUCAUAGAAAUGGGCCUGUGUAGAUGUUGCCGAUCAAUAAAGAAGUGUAGACUUAUAACCGGCCAGUACGAGUGGAUGGGGACCAAGGAGGUCUACUCGGAAAUGAUGACUGACUGCUAUGGCAUUCUUCUAUCCUGCCUGGACGAGGAGAAGGAGUUGUGUAUCUGUGCGGUGUGCGUGUCCCGGCUCCGUGAUGCGCUCGCGUUCCGCAAGCAGGUGCUUUAUUGGGAGGAUGCGCUGAUACAGGCCAAGAAUGAGAACCACAAAAUAAUGGUGGAGGUGCACGUGAAGCCAGAGCCGCUGCACAGUGAUGACGACUCGCAGGAUGCAGACUACAUGGACACUGCUGACCACGAUGAUGUUGAAGACACAAAAGAUGACGAAAUUAAAAACAAGAAACCAAGUAAAGUGGGAAAGGCGAAACUAGUCAAGAAAACAAAAACACGGGAAACAAGAAGUAAAACAAAACAAAUGAAUGAAGGAACAAAAAAACACCAGCAGAUGAAAAAGAAGCUACAGAAUGAGAUCAAGAAAACUAAAGUGAAAUUAAAGGAUUUGUACGGGACUCCUGAAACUGAGCUGCAAACCCAACAAACCACAUUAGACUCGGAGAGCAAAGUUUUCAUCAACGCAGUCACCAUCGUGACCAACUCCUAUGUCUGUCCUUUCCUCAAUCGAGUCAGCAACUACUACUGUUUCUACUGCAGAGACCUGUAUCUAGACCCAAACGAACUGAGAGAACACACCUUAACUCAUGAUCCUAAGGACUUCCCAAACAUGUUGCUAAGUAAGAAGCUACCCAAAAUAGACGUUACAAGAAUAGAUUGUAGACUGUGUCCGGAGAAAAUUAGCGAUUUAAACACUUUUAAAACGCAUGUGGCCGCUGCACACGGUAAAGAGAUACACAAAGAUGUAGACAACGAGUUUUUAAAGUUCAAACUAACGAGGAAUGACUUGAAGUGUACGGAGUGCGAAGAUGUAUUUCCGUAUUUCGACUUGUUGACGAAACACAUGGCUGAGCACUUCGGGACUUUUACUUGUGACAGUUGCGGUGCUUGUUUUUUGGAGGAAAACUCGUUACUAACACAUAUGCGUAAGCACAAUGCUAAGAAAGAAACCUCAUUCCCGUGUGAAGUUUGUGGCAAGAAUCUGAAAUCGAAAUAUAGUAUGGUUUUGCAUGUGGCUACAGUGCAUGAAAAGCGGCCAACGGUUGAUUGUUACAAGUGCGAUCAGAGUUUCUUGUCCUACGCUAUGCUCAACAAACAUCUGAUAGAGGCGCACGGGGAUACCAGAACGUUUCCUUGUAAGCUUUGUGAUAAGGUUUAUAAUCGAAGGAAAACACUCAUGGAACACAAUAGAAGGAAUCAUUUGAAGGUGUUUCGACAUCAGUGUGAUUUGUGCGAUCAAAAAUUUUACCUGCCUUCAAGGUUAAAAGAGCACAUGGUAACCCACACUGGGGAAAGGAAUUUCAGAUGUGAAUUUUGCGAUAAAAGCUAUCCGAGAUUGAAAACGCUAAAAGAGCACAUACGGACACACACGAAUGAUAGGCGAUACAAGUGCGAUAUAUGCAAUUCUACAUUUACACAGAACGGGAGCUUGAGAAGUCAUAUGAAGAGUCAUCAUCCAGGAUUCGCUGAUCCGGUUUUUAAUUAGA